UUCCGGGUUUUUUUCCGUUUACGUUCCGACCAUUAGAAUUUACAGAUUUUCACUUCCGGGACGUUCAACCAUUUUACGCAGGAAAAUUCAUAACAAGCCAUUCAUCAUAGUAUAACAGAAAGGAGAGCGACCAUGUAUUAAUUCUAUUCAACUAGUUACGUUAAUUAAUGAGUUAUGUCAUCAGAUACAGAGUCAGAAUGUCAAGAAGAACAGCUGUCAUUGGCAGAACUGUCAAAAUGGAAAGUUCCGGAAUUAAAGGAUUGGUUGGAAAAGCGAAAGUUAAAGAAAUCAGGUCUAAAGGAUACAUUAGUCAAACGUGUAUAUAGGGCAAUGUCAAAUGAGGACUCAGACUUUUCAGAAGAAGAAAGUUUUCCAGUUAUUCCAAUUGAUUUAGUUUCAAAUCCAUGGAAACCACUAGACUUUACUGAUAUUCCAGAAAUAUCCAUUAAAGAUGUUGACAGCUAUUUCAUGUACCACAAAAAUCCCACAACUGGGGAGAGUACCAAUUUUGAAAGGCAAAUGAAAAAGGCAAAAAGAUUGUGCAACGAAGGAUUCAUAAGAGACAUUGAAUAUAAUCCUAUUAAUCAAGGAUCAGAACAUAAUUAUUUUAGGAGUAAAUGUAUGCCUUCUAUGAGACAAAUUGUACAAGUCGGAGACACUGGAAAUACUGCAAAGUACUAUUCACUGCAUAUAAGUACCAUCAAAGUCACUGGCCUAAUUGUUAGUGCUUUUUGUAACUGUAAAGCAGGGGGAGCAGGGUUAUGUGCACACGUAGGUGCACUUCUGUACACACUUGUUAAGACAAAAGAUGCAUGUACAUCUAAUGCAUGUGGAUGGGAUAGACCUAGGCCACUACAAAGAAAACCAAGUCCAAAACGAGUGUGUGACAUUAAAUUUGUUAAAACUGAAAAAGAACAAAAAGCUGAAAAAAUAAAACCAUACCCUGGAGUAUAUCAAGCUGGACCUUGUAAAGAAGAAGGCAAUUUAUUCUUGCAUGAUAUAUUAGAUGGACUAAAGGAUGUGUACCCCGAGUGUGUACUUUAUCAGACUUUGCGGCCGGAACAUGCAAACAUUGAUACAUUUUUAGAUCUAUUUCAAACCAAUUUUACUUAUAUGGAUAAUGUUAUUAUCAAAUCAGCAGAAUGUUUAAACGUAUUUGAAGCGUUUGUUAACAGCUUGAUGGUCACUUCCAACAUUAGUGAGAAUUUAGAGAAAGCUACAAGGGGUCAGCAUUUUAAUGUAAAUUGGAAGAAGGCCAGAAGUGUAUUAAUUACAGCUUCAGUAAUGGGGGAAGUUGUCAAGCGUAAAAAACUUGAGCCUGAUAACUUGGUGAAAAAAUUGUGUGGGUACAUUACGAUACCAGAUGCAGUGAAAAGUCUUCAAUAUGGGCGCAAAAAUGAAGCUGUUGCAAUUGGGGAUUAUACAAGGUCACACUUGAAAACUUGUGAUGAUGUCCGUAUCGAAUCAUGUGGACUGUUAGUAAAUCCCACCUAUCCCUAUCUUGGUGCAAGUAUUGAUGGUCUAGUGGUAUGUUCUAAGUGUGGAACUGGCAUUGUUGAAGUGAAGUGUCCUUAUGGCUCUGAUGUUAAUGACAAACCUUGGAGAAAUAUGCUUCCCAUUGAAUGUGGCAAGGACAAAAAAUUCUUUUGUACAGAGAGAGACUCUAAGCUUUAUCUUGAUGAAAAUCACAAUUAUAUGUAUCAAGUACAAGGUCAGCUAGCACUGUAUGAACUAGAUUGGGCAGAUUUUGUUGUUUGGACAAAGAAAGGGAUAAAUGUUCAAAGAAUAAACUUUUCACAAACUCUUUGGGAUGAAAUGUUACCCAAGUUAAAGAACUUCUAUGUAAGUGGAAUUGUUCCAGAACUUUUUACAAGAAGAGUAAGGAGAGGAAAGUCUCUUUAUUAGAAUAUUAAACCCAAGUCAGAUUUUUACUUUAAAUGUUUGAUUGAUCCUUCA